GACCGACCGCGACACACCACACCUGACGUCAGUCCUAGGCGGUCCGCCAUGGGGUGCCAACCACUGCCCGGCCGGCUGGCCCUGUACACUCUGCUGACGGCCGGCCUGGUGACCUCCGGCGCCGCCGCUGUGGUGGACGCUGUGCCCUCGGGCAGUCACCAGGUCAUCACCCAGCCGAAGACGGCGCCGUCGGCGGGAGGACACGAGCCACUCAGCUGCUUCACAGACCGGUCUUCGGCCGACCAGCGGACCUUCACGGAGGCGGAGAAGGCUAUGUUCCGCUACCUCUACGACUGGCCCGAGAAGCCCACCAGCACCUGCAAACGGAUGGUGACGUUCGGAGGCCUGGCCAGCGGCGUCGGCUGUCUGGAGGACGGAGACAAGUACGCCUGUCUAGACGAACCAUUGCAGCUGGCUACGACGGAUGACUGCCUGGUCUACUCUGUCGGCAUCAACUACGACUGGAGCUUCGACGAGGCCAUGGAGCGGUUCGGCUGCGAGGUGCACUCGUUUGACCCCACCAUUGACUAUCCCGAGGGUCCACGCUCCCCGGGCAUCACGUUCCACCACAUCGGCAUCGGAAGGAACAACCACACCAACGUGUACGGCUGGAGGAUCCACACACUAGACCAGAUUAUGAAGAUGCUGGGUCACGAAAAUCGCACUAUCCACUACCUCAAGAUCGACGCCGAAGGUGGCGAAUUUGACAUGCUGGCGCAGCAGCUGUUGGACGGCGAUGGCGACUUCGUGCUGGAUAAGGUGGAGCAGAUCGGCUUCGAGAUUCACUACCGUUUGGACCCGAGGCCGGAGAUGGACUUUUACCGCUGGGCCAACAGCACGGUUCACCACCUGCACGAUCUAGGCUUCAACGUAGUCAAGUGGGAGUACAACAAGGUGGUGUGGCAGCGGUACAUGUUCCCGGGCGUGGAGCGGCCCGUCAGCCUGCUGUACGAGAUCCUGCUGGUCAAGAACGGACCGGACACCUGGGACAGGUCAACCCGAGGUCAGAAGCCGGAGACGGAAGAAGCCAAGCAGCAGGCGGAGCAGGAAAAUGUCGUACAGACGUGAGAUAGCAAGCAGAUCCUGUCCAAUUGUUUUCAGUACAGGGAUGAGAAAGACGUUUACAAAUAGUGCAGUUUGCUUGUUGUGUUCAGAAGUUGUGUAAGGGCGCCUCUGCAAAUCAGCCAAGGUUACAUGGGCAUCUAGUGUCAUGAGACAUACAUGGUGAGGAGUAUAUACGUGAAUAUAAUCGAAUGCCUGGUACUCGUACCGGUACCAACAUGCUCCCAUUAUUGU